CCAGGACAGCGGCCGGGGAUAAGCUAGGCGAAUAAUCUUGCCCCACUCUCGGACCAUCUCGGAGGACUCGGCAUGAUCCGCUUCGGCACCCCCUCCUCCUCGGACAAGCGCCGCCAGCGGUGCCGGAGCUGGUACUGGGGCGGACUUUUGCUUUUCUGGGCCGUGGCAGAAACUCGAGCAGAUAUCCACUAUGCUACUGUAUAUUGGUUGGAAGCUGAAAAAUCUUUCCAAAUUAAGGAUGUAUUAGACAAGAAUGGCGAUGCUUAUGGCUAUUACAAUGACACUAUACAAUCUACUGGAUGGGGGAUUCUUGAGAUCAAAGCAGGCUAUGGUAAUCAGCCCAUAAGCAAUGAAAUACUCAUGUAUGCUGCAGGUUUUUUGGAAGGCUACCUCACUGCUUCGCACAUGAGUGACCAUUUUGCAAAUCUCUAUCCUCAGAUGAUUAAGAAUGUCAUCAUUGAACAAAAAGUUAAAGAUUUUAUGCAGAAACAAGAUGAGUGGACGAGGCAACAGAUUAAAAAUAACAAGGAUGACCCCUUCUGGAGAAAUGCAGGCUACGUUAUUGCUCAGCUGGAUGGGCUGUACAUGGGAAACGUGGAAUGGGCUAAACGGCAGAAAAGGACACCUCUCACUGACUUUGAAAUUAGUUUCCUAAAUGCACUUGGCGAUCUACUUGACCUCAUUCCUGCUUUAAGAAAAAGUUAUUUUCGUUCUAUGCCAGAUGUUUCCAGGAUAUAUCAAUGGGAUAUGGGUCAUUGCUCAGCUUUAAUCAAGGUCCUCCCUGGGUAUGAGAAUAUCUAUUUUGCUCAUUCUAGUUGGUUCACAUAUGCUGCCACUUUGAGAAUAUAUAAACACUUGGACUUCAAAAUUACUGAUCCACAGACAAAAACAGGACGUGCCUCUUUCAGCAGUUAUCCAGGCUUUUUGGUUUCCCUUGAUGACUUUUACAUACUUGGCAGUGGAUUGAUUAUGUUGCAGACCACAAACAGUGUAUUCAACCUUUCUCUUCUUAAAAAAGUGGUACCCGAGAGCCUCUUUGCAUGGGAGAGAGUCCGUAUUGCCAAUAUGAUGGCAGAUUCAGGAAAGACCUGGGCCGAAACCUUUGAAAAACAAAAUUCUGGUACCUACAAUAACCAGUAUAUGAUACUCGAUACAAAAAAGAUCAAAUUACAAAGAAGCCUUGAAGAUGGGACUCUUUAUAUCAUUGAACAGGUUCCCAAACUUGUAAAAUAUUCUGAUCAAACAAAAGUUCUUCGUAAUGGAUACUGGCCUUCCUACAACAUCCCUUUCGAUAAAGAAAUUUACAAUAUGAGUGGAUAUGGAGAAUAUGUUCGAAGGCAUGGUUUGGAGUUUUCUUAUGAAAUGGCUCCAAGAGCUAAAAUCUUCCGACGGGACCAAGGAAAAGUAACUGAUAUAGAGUCCAUGAAGUCCAUCAUGAGAUAUAAUAAUUAUAAGGAAGAUCCAUACACAAAACACGAUCCCUGCAAUACCAUUUGCUGUCGAGAAGACUUGGAUCACAGGACUCCGGUUCCAGCUGGGUGCUAUGAUUCUAAGGUAGCAGAUAUCAGUAUGGCUGCAAAGUUUACAGCCUAUGCCAUCAAUGGCCCACCUGUGGAGAAAGGCCUACCUGUCUUCAGCUGGGUUCAUUUCAACAAGACAAAGCACCAGGGUCUACCAGAGUCAUAUAACUUUGAUUUUGUUACUAUGAAACCAGUGCUGUGAAUAAUCUGUAUCUGAGGAUUUUAACAUAUGCAGGAAAAUUGUGUUUACAUUUUUUCUGCCAUAUCAAAUAAACUGAUCUGGAUAUACCUUGA